AUGAAGACCUCCCCGUCCCUCCUUGUGCGCAACUUUCUCAAAGCAAUCCAUCCGCCGCUUAUACCGACAACAGCUCGUGAGACCAAGAAACUGGUCGGCGUCCUUGAAUCUGCCUUCCAAAAGCAUCUUGAUGAAACUCAUCCAUCUCCACAAUCUCUCUCCUCACACACCGCCUCGCACGAUGCAAACUCCAUCCCGGAUCCUGCUCACCAAGCAACUCGUGCCACUCAUACACAUUUAGCCAGUUUACUGGCUCAUCCACUGCUACAGAAGCAAUCAGUAUCAGCUGACCCCCCUCACUCCUUGACCGCCACUGCUGUUGCCGAGUCCCAGAAUGUUGGUUCCUGGAAAACCUAUGACUUUGCCCUUGUCCAACGAUGCUGCCGGCUAUAUCUAAAUGGUCUGAAACGCAAAGAAGUUGUCCCGCAGGAUCGCCGCCUAGGACCAAGGCUACUGAGCUGGUACACUCAUAUGAGCGCUUCAGAGAAAUAUACGUUUCUUGCGGACUCGGAAGUCCUACAACUGGUCGUGCCUGUUCUUUAUGCCGACCAACUCGAAUCUGUGGUCUGGGACAUGCUGAGUACCUUAUAUGAACGACCUUCAGUCUCAAAAGCUUUUGCCAAAACAACCACCCCAGUUGUCGAGCAGAGCAGGGCUUCGUUAUACCAGAGGGCUGAAGACAACCUUAUAUCGCUGAUGAUACACCAGACUGCCCUCAGAGGCUCCACAGCCGAUGCGGCCCAACAGUAUAUCCAAGCUUGCAAAUACUACGAAUCCCGGACACUUUCCGACAAACCACAAUCAAUAAAACUGGGUCGGAGCUGGAAUCGCCUCGCCCAGGCCAUUCUGGAUCGUCGAAGCAAACAUAAUUUGUCAUCCGAAUUGUUCAAUGAGAUUAUCUCGUUUGGUACAAGAUCUUCGCGUCCUUGGACUUGGGUUCCUUCAUGUCUACAACUCUAUCACCCCACUACGCCCUCGUAUAAGCCUUUGAUGUCAUUGUUAGAAGCCGAUAACUUUAUGGCAAGGAUCCUC